UAGAUUCUGAACCAUGGCUCGUACCAAGCAGACCGCACGUAAGUCCACCGGAGGCAAGGCCCCCAGAAAGCAACUGGCCACCAAGGCAGCCAGGAAAUCCGCCCCCGCUACCGGCGGAGUCAAGAAGCCCCACAGAUACAGGCCCGGAACAGUCGCCCUCAGAGAGAUCAGGAGGUACCAGAAGUCCACCGAGCUUCUCAUCCGCAAGCUCCCCUUCCAGCGUCUGGUCAGGGAGAUCGCCCAGGACUUCAAGACCGACCUGAGGUUCCAGAGCUCCGCCGUCAUGGCUCUCCAGGAGGCCAGCGAGGCUUACCUUGUCGGACUCUUCGAGGAUACCAACCUGUGCGCCAUCCAUGCCAAGAGGGUCACCAUCAUGCCCAAGGACAUCCAGCUCGCCAGGAGAAUCCGUGGAGAGCGUGCUUAGACAUGUUCUUCCCCUUUUAAAACCCUCAACCGGCCCUUUUCAGGGCCAC